CCAUUAUUUAAUUAUUAUUAAAACCUAAUUUUUUUGUAAAACAAAUUUUUUAAAAAACAAAACAAAAGUUUUUGCGAGGAGAGAGAAAAUUUUGCAACUCUUUCGACUUUCGUGGCUUUCAGCGAAGAGAGAGAAAGAGUGUGAUAAUUAUUUCAUUUUCUCUCUCCUCCAUUGUUUUUUUUGAAUCGAAAGAGGGAAAAAACGAUCUAAUACAAAUCCUAGGGUUUUUUGUUCUUUGAUAUUGAUUUAAUAGAUGUGUAAUAAUUAAUCUCAGAGUUAGUUUUUUUUUUCUUUUUGUUGAGUUAAUUUUUCUAAAUUUAUUCGAGAAUGGAGGUAGAUUCAACUACAUCAAUGGAGAACGAUCAAGAUCAUACAACGACGUCGUCUUCGUCACCUUCAUCUACACCGCAAACGACGUCGUCUUCGUCUCCAUCUUCUCCAAUGGAGAAAGAUGCACAACAGCAGCAGCAGCAGAUAGUUGGGCCGAGAUGUGCGCCGAGUUAUACAGAUGCGAAUGCAAUAACAGAGAAAAAAGAGGAUGGGCCUGGGCCGCGGUGUGGACAUACUUUGACGGCAGUUCCGGCGGUUGGUGAAGAAGGAAGUCCAGGGUAUAUUGGGCCUAGGUUGAUACUUUUUGGUGGUGCUACAGCUCUUGAAGGGAAUUCUGCAGCUGCUGGAACUCCUUCUGCUGGAAGUGCUGGCAUCAGGUUAGCAGGUGCUACUGCUGAUGUUCAUUGUUAUGAUGUGAUCACGAAUAAAUGGUCACGGAUUACUCCCAUUGGAGAACCUCCCACACCCAGGGCAGCUCACGUGGCCACUGCUGUCGGCACUAUGGUGGUCAUACAGGGUGGUAUUGGUCCUGCUGGAUUGUCUGCUGAGGAUCUACAUGUUCUUGACCUAACUCAACAAAAGCCACGAUGGCAUAGGGUUGUUGUUCAAGGCCCUGGUCCUGGGCCACGCUAUGGGCAUGUUAUGGCUCUUGUGGGGCAAAGAUAUCUUAUGUGCAUUGGCGGAAAUGAUGGAAAGCGUCCCUUGGCUGAUGUUUGGGCAUUAGAUACAGCAGCAAAACCAUAUGAAUGGAGGAAGUUGGAACCUGAAGGUGAAGGUCCUCCUCCGUGCAUGUAUGCAACUGCAAGUGCACGCUCUGAUGGUCUACUUCUACUUUGUGGAGGGAGGGAUGCAAACAGUGUGCCAUUACCGAGUGCAUAUGGACUUGCUAAGCAUAGAGAUGGUCGAUGGGAAUGGGCAAUUGCUCCUGGUGUUUCACCAUCUCCUAGAUAUCAGCAUGCAGCGGUUUUUGUUAAUGCAAGACUACAUGUGUCUGGAGGUGCACUUGGUGGUGGGCGAAUGGUGGAAGAUUCAUCUAGUGUGGCAGUGUUGGAUACAGCAGCAGGAGUAUGGUGUGAUACAAAGUCUGUUGUUACUAGUCCAAGGACUGGCCGAUACAGUGCUGAUGCUGCUGGAGGAGAUGCUUCUGUUGAGUUAACAAGAAGAUGCAGGCAUGCAGCUGCUGCAAUCAAUGAUAUGAUUUUCAUUUAUGGUGGCUUACGUGGUGGCGUGUUACUUGACGACUUACUUGUCGCUGAAGAUCUUGCUGCUGCUGAGACCACAAGUGCAGCUUCACACGCUGCAGCUGCAGCUGCUGCUUCAAAUUCAACUCCAGGAAGAUUAACAGGACGAUAUGGCUUUGCUGAUGACAGGAUUCAUGAGAAUGAUCCUGAGUCAGCUUCUGAUGGUGCUGUUGUGCUGGGAAGCCCAGUUGCUCCUCCUGUUAAUGGUGACAUGUACACCGAUAUAAGCCAUGAAAAUGCCAUGCUGCAGGGAAGCAGGAGGCUUAGCAAAGGAGUUGAGUAUUUGGUUGAAGCCUCUGCAGCAGAAGCAGAGGCUAUUAGUGCUACAUUAGCGGCUGCUAAAGCACGACAAGUUAAUGGUGAAGUAGAACUCCCAGAUAGGGGUGACCGUGGUGCUGAAGCAACACCUAGUGGGAAGGCUAUACCAACUAUGAUCAAGCCUGACUCGUCUUCUCUGAAUAGUACUCCUCCACCUGGAGUCAGACUCCACCACAGAGCUGUGGUUGUAGCUGCUGAAACUGGUGGUGCUUUGGGUGGCAUGGUGAGACAGCUGUCUAUUGAUCAGUUUGAGAAUGAAGGUAGGCGUGUUAGUUACGGAACGCCGGAAAAUGCUACUGCUGCAAGGAAACUACUUGACCGGCAAAUGUCUAUUAAUAGCGUCCCGAAGAAGGUUAUAGGUCAUCUUUUAAAACCUCGAGGUUGGAAGCCUCCUGUUCGUCGGCAGUUUUUCUUGGAUUGCAAUGAUAUAGCAGAUCUCUGUGACAGUGCUGAACGGAUUUUUGCAAUUGAACCAAGUGUCCUUCAACUGAGGGCUCCAAUUAAAAUCUUUGGUGAUUUGCACGGCCAGUUUGGUGAUCUUAUGCGACUAUUUGAUGAAUAUGGUUCUCCUUCAACGGCUGGAGACAUAUCUUAUAUAGAUUACCUCUUCUUAGGAGACUAUGUAGACCGGGGACAACAUAGCUUGGAAACUAUCACACUUCUACUUGCAUUGAAGGUUGAAUAUCCUCUUAACGUGCAUUUAAUUCGAGGAAAUCAUGAAGCUGCUGAUAUAAAUGCCCUCUUUGGCUUCAGGAUCGAGUGUAUUGAGCGCAUGGGUGAAAGAGAUGGUAUAUGGGCUUGGCAUCGGUUCAACAGAUUAUUCAACUGGCUUCCUUUGGCAGCUCUUAUAGAGAAGAAAAUUAUAUGUAUGCAUGGUGGCAUUGGCCGUUCAAUUAAUCAUGUGGAACAGAUUGAGAACAUUCAGCGUCCCAUUACAAUGGAAGCUGGGUCGAUCGUUCUUAUGGAUUUGUUGUGGUCGGAUCCAACAGAAAAUGACAGUGUGGAAGGAUUGCGUCCAAAUGCAAGAGGUCCGGGUUUAGUCACCUUUGGGCCCGACCGUGUCAUGGAGUUCUGCAACAACAAUGAUCUCCAGUUGAUCGUACGUGCACAUGAAUGUGUCAUGGAUGGUUUUGAACGAUUCGCGCAGGGGCAUUUAAUCACAUUAUUUUCUGCUACCAACUACUGUGGUACCGCAAACAAUGCAGGAGCUAUUUUGGUAUUAGGGAGGGAUCUGGUGGUGGUUCCAAAACUUAUUCAUCCUCUGCCUCCAGCAAUUUCAUCACCAGAGACAUCUCCGGAGCGACAAAUUGAAGAUACUUGGAUGCAGGAGCUUAACGCAAACCGACCGCCAACUCCAACUAGAGGUCGCCCUCAAGUUGCAAAUGAUCGAGGCUCUCUUGCUUGGAUCUAGAGAAGUGAAAAUAUUUCACUAUUUUUAGAACGCUUCUGCCACCGUGGUGUUUUGGCAUUUGGUAUAGCAGGAUGCUGUAUGUAGAAUGCCCGGAAGUCGCUUGAGCUAUGAAAAUUUGAAGAUACAUGGCAUAACAACACGUUCGGAGGUCUUCAAUUGAAGAUGUGAGAUGUAUGGAUUUCAGUGUGGGCGGCAGGAAUUGCCUGCAUGGGUAUCCUAAGGAGUUCGCCCUUGUACAUUUGAUCAAAAUAUGAUGGUGGAAAGUCCAGAGUCUGGGUUAUUCUUUAGUCAGGUUGAUAGUUUUGGGUAUUCUGAUUAGUUUUUCUAUAUUUUUUGUUCGUUUUGGUCAUUGAUUAGGGUGUAUCUGUCACAAGUUGGGUGUAUGUGCUAUUGGAAAGGUAACAUUAUUAU